GCAACGCUCUUUUUGGAACACUUACGGAAGACGAUGCAAAAUAUUACAAUCAGGAAAUAGAUAAAAUUUAUAAGCAUCAAACGCAUUAAUCACAAUUAUUGGGUAAUCAGACACACAUAAUUAGAUCAGAAUUUCAAGACAUUCAUCAAGAUUCACUAACUCUCAGGAAUUCAUCCUUGAGAAUGAGCAAUAGAAUAAAAGAAAUAGCCACAGGAUUACGGAAACUCAACGAAGUCGAAGGAGAAAUGGAAAUAGAGAGGGCCGCAACAUUUUGGACAAAUCAAUUAGCAAGACACGAAGAUGAAUAUCUUCACGCUUUACAAAUACUGACGGACGCAAUAAUGUUUGCGUCCCAGAUAAAUCAGUCAACACCAUACGAAUUCCCUCUAUCUUUAACGGAACUACAUUCAGAGGAAUUUUAUAAAAUAAUUACAAUCAACACCGUCUAUUCGAAUGGAAGAAUAGUAAUAUCAGUGGAAAUUCCUCUGCUGGACAAAACACCUUUUAACCUUUAUCAUUUACACCCAUGUCCUUCCUUUCUACCUAUAUCCCACAAUGUCUCUACUGCCAUGGUCGUAGUCCCACAAACACCAUUCCUGGCAAUUAAUAGGAUCCACCAGGAAUACUUCCUGCCCACGGAAAAUUUUAUGCAAGGAUGCAAGACUCAUCCCGAUAAAUAUGUUUGCCAACUCACAUUAUCAUUAUACAAUCUAGAAGAAGCACCGAUUUGCGAAACUAAUAUCUUAACACAAACACAAACCAUAGAAUGGAAAAAAUGUAACGUUAGAUCCUUAAAAUCAACUCGUACGAUCACUAACCACCUUUCAACUCCAAACAUGUGGUUGUAUUCUGUCAGGGAGACAACGCCAGUGAAAAUCAAAUGCAAUCAUCGCGCAGCAGGGUAUGAACUAAUACUGGGCUCCGGAAUUUUGCGACUGAAAAAGAACUGCCAGGCACAAAUCGACAACUUAAGACUUAUCGCAUCAGAAACAACAACACUUCGAAUGAAUUCAACGUUUAAGCCACUUUUAACAUUAAACAUAACACAAUUGAUACCACAAAUAACACCCCAUCACGUAAAAAUAAUAUCCGACUACCAACUACACAACAUACCAAUAGGAAUGUUACAUGACAAAGCAAACGAAAAAUCAAUAGCGCUAACAGAAAUAGAAUGCCAGGCCCAGGAUCUGGCAACGCAUCACUGUACUCAACGGUUAACAACACAUAUGAUUUAUGGGGGCGCUACAGUAGGGGUGCUAAUCUUUGUAAUUGGAAUAUUAUGGAUUACUAAAAGAAAUUGCAAACAUAUCUGCUAAAGGAGAUCCAAACCUAAUAGAAAACAAAAAGAAGAAAUAGAAAUGAGAACAAAAGAACAAACACGAGCAGGAAACAUCGGAACACUGGGUAUAAGGCCAAUAAUCUCACCUCCAAUAUGCAUUACCGAAAUUCCAAGCAUAUGCCCGGCAAUAGCGGAAGAGUUACCAAAACCAGCCACGCAAACACAUUUUUUCUAAAGCAACAGGUAAAGUAAAUCAGAUCGGAAACCACACAUUCUACCCCACUUAUGCCCAAAUCAAUCACUAUAUAAACUCCUGCAUUAUCGCUCAAAAGUCAUUAACAGUCAAACCAUUUAAAGAGAAAGUACCCGCACAAAGCACCUAAAGGAAAAAUGGGAUAUAUCAGACCAAAAAGCGGUAUGUAUUUUGAAAUCAUAGACAUCGAGAGCAACUCUCCCCGAGUUACAAUCCGCAAUUA